AUGAUCAAAGAGAAUAGACUUCGGUUGAAUGACGAAGGAACCCAAGUUUCCAAUAUCUUGUUUACAUCUACAAGCGACGAUUUAGAUACAACAACAGAAGAAUUUGUCUUGUUGUAUGGAGAUCAAGAGCUUGGUGAAAAUGAUAAAUGCCGUCAGGCCGAGGUCAAAAGCUUUGACGAGAUGAGUACUCAGACCGAAGUUUUGACACGUACUCCUAAGCUUAAGUCUUAUGAUGCCUCUUCACAGACUGACGAGUUUGAUUAUUUAUUUAAUACAAAUAAGAAAGUAACUGACUUUGGCGAAGAGUAUUUUAGGAAUAGCGACAAUAAAGUACUACUUUAUAUUGGCCUUCCUUCUUAUGAAAUCCUGAACUUUGUGUUUGAACUCGUGUCACCGUCUGCUUCUCGUCGCUCCAAAACACUGAGUCCUUUUAAAGAAUUUGUUAUGGUCCUGAUAAAGUUGAGAUUGAAUGUUCCUUUUCAAGACCUAGCUUAUCAGCUGAACAUCUCAGUUCCAACGGUUUCAUGGACAUUUCAUUCUUGGUUGAUAACUAUGGACAUAAGAUUGUCUCCAUUUAUCCCCUGGCCAGAUCAUGAAAGUUUGAUAAGAUCAAUGCCACAAUGCUUCCAGUUCAGCUUUGGAACUAAAAUUACUGUGAUAAUUGACUGUUUUGAGAUUUUUAUUGAGAAACCUACAAAUUUAUUUGCUAGAGCACAAACAUUCAGCUCCUACAAACACCAUAUUACCAUUAAGGUCUUGAUUGGCAUCACACCGCAAGGUAGCAUUUCAUUUGUUUCUGAGGCACGGGGUGGGCAAACCUCAGACAAGGUUUUGACAGAAAACUGUGGUAUCUUGAGCAAGUUGGUUCCUGGCGACAUGGUGAUGGCUGAUUGA